CGCGUCCUCCUCUUAGACCUCCGCCGCCGACUCAUUGAGCCCUCUGUUUGGAGAGUUCGUGCCAAGGCCACCCCCUUCCCUCCUCGCUCUCCUCCUCUCCGUCCGCCGCCGCCGCCGCCGCCAUGGUGAAGUACUCGCGGGACCCGUCCAACCCGACCAAGUCGGCCAAGGCAUGUGGCAAGGAUCUCAGGGUCCACUUCAAGAACACCAGGGAGACAGCGUUCGCGCUUCGCAAGAUGCCUUUGGUUAAGGCUAAGAGGUACCUUGAGGAUGUUCUCGCCCACAAACAAGCGAUUCCCUUCCGGAGGUACUGUAGGGGUGUGGGCCGUACUGCACAAGCAAAGAAUCGCCAGUCAAAUGGGCAAGGUCGCUGGCCUGCAAAAUCAGCCAAGUUCGUGUUGGAUUUGCUGAAGAAUGCUGAGAGUAACGCUGAGGUUAAAGGUUUGGAUGUCGACACCCUUUACAUUUCCCACAUCCAGGUGAACCAAGCCCAGAAGCAGAGGCGCCGCACAUACCGUGCUCAUGGACGCAUUAAUCCUUACAUGUCCAAUCCCUGCCACAUUGAGCUGAUCUUGUCAGAGAAGGAAGAGCCUGUGAAGAAAGAGCCUGACAACGUCGUCGCACCGAGGAAAGCUAUGUAAUCGUGCAGUGAUAUUCAUCCAAGAAUCGUAGCUGUAGUUCUUUUUGAGUACUUUUUGUGGCAGUGUUGCCCUUUUCAUCUUUCUGGUAUCGAUAUUGAGUCAGACUUUGUUAAGGUUGAUGCUAUCCUUGUGAUGCGAAUUGUAUGCUAAAACAUUUUCAGAUAUUUGGUCAGUUGUCUACUUAAAUUUAUUUGCUGAAGAUGCUUGUUCAUCAGUUCACUUCAAGCAUCUACUUUCUA